AACCAAGACAAAUAUCAACACAGUAGCUUUACAGGCUCUGACUCCAAUCCUUCCAGCUUUUGCAAAGACCAACAGGUUCAAGGCCAAUCUGAAUUAUGUUCCACAAAGCAGAUGCCAUGACGCAAAAGGCUCUCUUCCUGGCAUUUGCCCGAUGAAUUAAUUGACAAAAUCCAUAGCAUGUUUCUCAAGUCAUACAUGAUGGGACAAGUGGAUAUAAUCGAGUAGAGGUGGUUUUGCAAAUAAAAUGCAUUACAAAUUCAAUAUUCUGAAAUAUCACCUUGGAAUGGUAUAGUCUGGCCCCUGCUCUACUAUACCCUAAUUAUGCAGAAGGCUGAGGUGAUAAGAAUUUUAGAUCUUGCAUAAAUGUUCACAGAGUAUGCUUAUUUACUUCAAUUUUCAUAAGCAAUUUCAACUUUAUAAAAGCAAAACUUAAUUUCGGUCUGGCAACAUGCUAAGUAAAGAUGCAGAAAACAACGUUCAGUUGAACAAUACAUUUUCUCAAAAAUAGUACUACUGUUGGAAGAAAUAUCCAUCUGGUUCAGUUCCAAGUGGGGAGAAAGACACUGGAAAUAUGGAGCCUGAUUGGAAAGAUGGUUUAAUGAAGCAGAACCACAUGGGUUUGUGGAUCUGGGGAGCUGACAAAAUGGAGUUGAGAGUGGGUGGUUUUUAUACCUUCUUUGGGCUUUGUAUUUGAGCUUCCUGUUCCUGUGUAAGAACAUGUCCUUUAAUAUUCUGUUGGCUGUUGUCAGAUUCCCAUGGGGCUAUGCAGGAGUCAUAGAUGAGGUUGUCUGAGAUAAGUUUGGUUGAACCUUGCUGGGUGAUGCUGGUCCUUAGGAAAUUUUGAAAUGCAGUGACUCCUGCUGCUAGAUAGGUAGAGGGCUAAUCCUAUUAUGUCCUGAGGGGGUAAUGUCUUCAUCCCAUUACCCUGGAGCUGGAGGUCUUUUGUCUUGUAGAUAAGCUGGCCCAAGUCUGUCUUAAUGUGCACCAAAAUAUCUGCUGGGGGCAGGGAGUUGGGGUUUUGUUUCCUUUUAAGAUUUUUAUUUCUCUUAGGGGAAAUAUUUUAUCUUGCCUUUUUAAUAUUUCCUAAAAUACUUCAUUCUUCUAGGAGGGUUGGGUGCUACACUACCUUCUUUAGAAUUAAAUGUGCCUCAAUAACAAAAAUCAAAAGACUUGGAAAAUACAUCACAGGUCAUGUAAUUGACCCUCUUCAUUGGGAAAAUCCAUUGCAGCAUUCCAAUUGUAUUCUAAAAAUAGCACAUUUACACACUGAAAGCAGAUCAGAUAUAGCCCAGAGGGGAAAAAAGCUGUUGAUAUCACUUUUCUUUCAGGUAUACUCUUCUUUCAGUUCUGGACCUGCUUGUUCUGGAAAUAGAUCCUCCCGCUUUUAUGUCCUGAGGUCUAGAAUUUACAAAAAGUAAGCAUAAUCAUGUAUCCAAACUGAAUAGCACUAGCAGUUAGUGCAUACUACUUCACAGUGCUUUGCGAAGAGUCAGCAUAUUGCCCCCAUUAAUCUGGAUCCUCAUUUUACCGAUCUCAGAAGGAUGGAAGGCUGAGUCAACCUUGGGAGGAACUGCGGGCAGUCAGCAGAAUGAGUUGUAACCACUGCGCCACCACAGGGCUCUUCUAAAUAGGGGGGGGAAGAUCUAUCUGUCUUAUCCAAACUUCAUACUUUUCCUUUGCAUCUAAGGUCACUAGACCUGUAUUACUAAUUAAUAUCAUAGAGGUGAAAAUUUGGGUUAGCAUCUAUUAUGAAAGGGCUGGAAAAAGCUAUUCAGCAGGAAAAAGUUUCUUAGGUACUGAAACAGUCCAUCAGUGUUUGAUUUUAAGGCUCUUCGCUGAGCAGCCUUUUUCAGCGUUUCCCUAAAAAGUGCUAACCCCGAGUAAAGCUCAGCUGUGUGACCUUAAUUAGUUGAUUAGUACUUCCUCGCAGGCUCCCGCUACUGUCUGAAAUGGAUGAGACCGUAAUCAAUUACACGCGGAGGAACGUCUGCCUCCUAACCAAUAACUGAGUCGUUUCUCCGUUGCUUCCACAGUCACCUGGUUGCCACGCCCUUCCCGUCCCCCAUAAGUCACGUGGGGCUGAGCCUUUGAAAACCGCCUCUCCGGAAUGGCUCCUGAAGGGGAAGGGGUUGGGCUUACGCCUGUUAUGGCCUUGCCUCUGGCUCACGUGACUGCCGUUCCGGUGGGUCCGCGGCUCUCGCUUGGCUCAAAGGCUGGCGAGCGGAGGCAGCCGCGAUCGUCGCGGCGGCGGGCGGCGAAUGGGGGAGCCGAUGCCCGUGGGAGCGCCAGUCCCGGUGGAGCAGGCAGUGCUGGAGACGUUUUUCUCUCAUUUAGGCAUCUUCUCUUACGACAAGGCCAAGGACAAUGUGGAGAAGGAGCGCGAAGCUAAUAAGAACGCCGGGAGCAGCUGGCUUUCGCUCCUGGCCGGGCUGGCUCAUUUGGCGGCGGCUGAAAAAGCCUACCAUAGCAUGACCUUCCUGGGCCAGAAGCUAGGUGGGCAAUCAUUCUUCAGCCGGAAAGAUUCUAUACGAACUAUAUAUACGUCUCUGCAUAAUGAGCUGAAGAAAGUGGUAGCAACUGGUCGGAAUGCAGUGGGAGGAACAGCUCCUCACCUUGAAGAACUACUUUCUCAUCUUUCUGAGCAGCUCUGCUUCUUUGUCCAGGCUCGGAUGGAAAUUGCUGACUUUUAUGAAAAAAUGUACAGCCUCAGUACCCAAAAGUAUAUAAACUCUGAGGAACUGAUAAAUGUUUUGGAAUCCAUCCUCAAAAGAUACAGCUCAAGAUUUCAUCACCCAAUCCUUAGUCCUCUGGAGGGCAGUUUCCAGUUAGAAACUGAUGUGCUUAUGCAUCUUCUGAAGGCUCAGGCCCAGAUCUCUGAAUGGAAGUUUCUCCCAUCCUUGGUCCACUUGCACAAUGCUCACACCAAAUUGCAGACAUGGGGACAGAUUUUUGAGAAGCAGCGGGAAACAAAGAAGCAUCUCUUUGGUGGGCAGUCUCAGAAAGCUGUUCAACCUCCACACCUUUUCCUGUGGCUAAUGAAACUGAAAAAUAUUCUCCUUGCCAAAUUUAGCUUUUAUUUUCAUGAGGCACUUAGUCGACAAACAACCCUAUCUGAAAUGAAAACUUUGACUGCAAAAGCUAAUCCUGAUUAUUUUGGGAAAAUCUCUAGCUUCAUCAGGAAAUACGAUGCUGUUAAUGUUUCAUUAAUCUUUGACAAUCGUGGCUCAGAGAGCUUUCAGGGACAUGGUUAUCAUCACCCCCAGUCCUAUAGGGAAGCCCCAAAGGGUGUAGACCAGUAUCCAGCAGUGGUAUCGCUGCCCAAUGACAGGCCGGUCAUGCACUGGCCUAAUGUCAUCAUGAUUAUGACUGAUAGAGCUUCUGAUCUGAAUACUUUGGAAAAGGUUGUCCAUUUCUAUGAUGACAAAGUUCAGAGCACAUACUUCUUAACCCGACCUGAACCUCAUUUUACCAUUGUGGUUAUUUUUGAAUCCAAAAAGUCUGAGAGAGACACUCAUUUUAUUUCUUUCCUCAAUGAAACGUUCUAUUCUCUUAAGAAUUCUAAAGCUUUUGCAAGCCUGAAGCCUGGAUCCAAAGGGUAAGAGGACUAUUAAGGCAAGAUAGACAACAGUAGCACAAUACGUUCCAAGCUUCCUCAAAUAAGCAUAUGUACAUGUCAUUAUUUUUAAAAGUAUUUUAAUAAGUAUUUAAUGAUGAAAAUUAAAUUAUUAAGCAUUUUUGGAAUGAAAAAUCAGAAUUCUAUAGAUUUGAAUGGGAACAUGCAAAUUACACAAAGGUGCACUAAAAUUAUCAGUGGAGUUUUGAUCAACUUUCUUUUUUGUCUGUGACCCUUCCUUGUUCUUCCUAUAUGCACUUUAUCUUUUGUUACUUCUUUAUUUAGGAUCUGCAGAAAAUCUGGUUUCAAAUUUUCAACCCAGAGCUCACUGUCUUCUCUUAAAGUGUUUUCCAGUCAUAGUCACUGGAAAAUGCUAGAACUUAAAGAGAUAUAAUUGCAAUAAAUGAAAUUGUAGAAUGAAGUAUUUUAUUUUUCCAUUGCUUCUGCACCUUUCAAAUACUGUACAAGCUUGGUUUGGCAUUCUGUAUUUUUCUAAUGUGAUACAGACCACAUUAAAAAUAAUUAUUCUGAAAUUGCUUAUAUUUACAUAUUGUAUAAGAAAAGAAACUGUUUAGUACAUUUUAAACCUGCAAUAUUACUGGCAAAGUUGAGCAGCAGUAAUUUUCAAUCCUAAAACUAAGUGCUGAAGGUUAACAAGUGGAUUUUUCAUUAAAUUAAUGAUAUUCUGUAAUUAAAUUUGAAUGUUAAUAAAAUUUAAAAAUUAGAACGGAAAAAUAGAAGCAUGAGGAUAUGUAAAAUAAUACAGAAGGAACUGUACAGUAUUAUCAAAAUCUGGUAAAAUGAUUACCAGGGCAAAAAUUACAAAUCAGGAUUAGUAUUUUAAAUACUAAGUGCUAACUAAAAUAAUAAAUGCUAUUUUGGCUCUG